GUUCUAAUUGUGUCCAUCUUUGUAGUAUUUUGUUCUGCGGAUAACUGAGAAAACUCCCUCUCUCUCCUCUCUCUCUCUCUCUCUCUUGUCUGUAUGGUUGCCUGUCGUCGUUUACAGCGGAGAUAUCAGAGCCACAUACCCAAGCAUUGCAAAACCCCUCUCUCUCUCUCUCUCUCUCUCUCUCUCACACACACACACACACACACACUCACACACUAGUACUAUUACGCUGUCUGCGCCACUGAAGAAAUCUUCAACACCAACACGCCAUAGCCUCUCUCUCUCUAAACCUUUUGAUUGUGCUGAGUUCGGAUAAACCCUCGCUGCCACGUCAGCAUCGGCUUUCUUUCCAGCAAUUUUGCCUCGGUCCAGGAUUUUCUUGCCAAGCGUCUCAGGAUAUUUCAACUCAUUAUUAUCUCUUUAAUGUCGCUCAAGUUGCAUCAUCAUCAACACCGUAGCUUUGUAAACUCGAGUUCUUCAAAUGGAUUGCUCUCACGAGAACCAACUAGAACCUGUUUUUCCAACAAAAAGGUGGUUGACUUGGAUUGUCUACUGUUCAACUGGGGUCAUUCAAAGAAAAGAUGCCGUAUAAAGCUUUCUUCUUCAGUUCACAGUAAUUUAAACCUAAGCUGCAGAUUGUUGAAUUUUCGGAAAACUCGGUCAACCUCCUAUAAAUCGAGGGGAGGACAUUUCCUUCCCUUUGCCACUGCUGAGGACGGUGUUACUGUCAAUGGAAGUCCCCCAUCAAGUCGUAGCAGGGGUGUUGAUGAAACAAGGGCCAAGCUUGAUCAAUCACUGCCAAGUAAUGAUUAUAGUGAUGGCCUUGUUCAAUUGUUACAUGAUGCCGCUAGGGUGUUUGAAUUGGAAAUUAAGGAACAGAUCUCAUUAUUAAGAAAUUCCUGGUUCUCUACUGCAUGGCUUGGUGUAGACCAAAAUGCAUGGGUGAAGGCACUAUCUUAUCAGGCUUCUGUGUAUGCCCUACUCCAAGCAGCAAGCGAGAUUUCAUCUCGAGGAGAUGAACGAGACAGAGAUAUAAAUGUUUUUGUCCAAAGGAGUUUGUUACGGCAAUCUGGUCCUCUGGAAAGUGUAAUAAGUGAGAAACUAUCAACCAAGCAACCGGAAGCUUCUGAAUGGUUUUGGUCUGAGCAAGUCCCGACAGUGGUGGCUAGUUUUGUCAAUUAUUUUGAAAGUGAUAUCUGCUUUAUUGCGGCAACUUCUAUGUCUGGUAAUGGAAGCUGCGUUGGUCCAGGCAAUGCAAAGGAUAUAACACUCAUCAUGCUGGCACUGAGUUGCAUUGCAGCAAUCACAAAGCUUGGUCCAACAAAAGUGUCAUGCUCACAGUUCUUCUCCAUGAUACCUGAUAUAACUGGUAGAUUGAUGGACAUGCUGGUUGAUUUCAUUCCUAUACGCCAAACUUAUCGUUCCGUAAAGGAUAUUGGUCUACACAGAGAAUUUCUUGUUCAUUUUGGUCCUCGAGCUGCUGCAUGUAGAGUGGGAAAUGAUGGGGGAAUGGAAGAGGUUCUAUUCUGGGUGAGUCUAGUACAGAAACAGCUGCAGCGAGCUAUAGAUAGAGAGAGAAUAUGGUCAAGACUCACAACAUGUGAAAGCAUUGAGGUGUUGGAAAGGGAUUUGGCUAUAUUUGGAUUCUUCAUUGCCUUGGGGAGAAGCACUAAAUCAUUUCUUUCUGCAAAUGGCUUUGAAGUUGUCAAUGAACCUAUUGAAGGCUUCUUAAGAUACCUUAUUGGGGGCAGUGUAUUAUAUUAUCCUCAGCUUUCCUCAAUAAGUUCUUAUCAACUGUAUGUCGAGGUAGUUUGUGAAGAGAUGGAGUGGCUUCCUUUUUAUCCAGGCAUUACGAGCACCUCAAAACGCUCUCAUGGCCACAAAAGUACAUAUGAAGGUCCUCCAAAUGCUGAAGCCAUCCCCCAAUUGUUAGAUGUUUGCUCUUAUUGGAUCCAGAGCUUCAUCAAGUACAGUAAAUGGCUGGAGAACCCUUCUAAUGUUAAGGCGGCAAGGUUUCUUUCCAAAGGGCACAACAAAUUGAUGGAGUGCAUGGAAGAACUUAAGGUUCGAAGGAAUGAAAUUAGUGAAGGCAGUGUUGAGCAAUCUGUUGAUAGGAUUGGAUCUGGCACCUAUUCACUGACUGGAAAAGAACCAGAUUCUUCUUUUGAUAAGGCAAUGGAGAGUGUUGAAGAAGCCCUGUUAAGGCUAGAGGAGUUACUUCAAGAGCUCCAUGUGUCAAGUUCUAUUUCUGGUAAAGAGCAUUUAAAGGCUGCUUGUACUGAUCUUGAGCGGAUAAGGAGACUUAAGAAAGAAGCUGAAUAUCUAGAGGCAUCUUUUAGAGCAAAGGCAGAUUCCCUUCAGCAGGGAGAUGAUGAUACCAGUCCUCCUUCCAUCAGUGAGCAGCAACAAGGAGAAAAUGGAAAGAGUUCCAGGGACGUUAGCAAGAGGAAACCUCGAGGAUUAUGGAACUUCCUUUUACACAUUCCAAACAGGAGGUCUGAUCCUGGGUCAUUAACUGCAGAUGGAAAUGAUGAUGAGCUUUUUCGAAAGAGUGCAUCGAGUAUGGGCGUAGAAGACUUGCAGUCGAAUGAAAUUCAACGGUUUGAACUUUUGAGGAAUGAGCUUAUAGAACUAGAGAAAAGGGUCCAAAGAAGUGCUGAUCAAGCUGAAAAUGAAGAGGAGGAAGUUAAAUGGAAAGAUCGUAGUUCCAAUUAUUCUUAUGAAGGUGCUCAACUAGCCCCAGUUCAGAAGAAAGGGAACAUCAUUGAGAAAUCAUUUGAUAAGCUUAAAGAAACCAGCACGGAUGUUUGGCAAGGGACGCAGCUUCUCGCCAUUGAUGUUGCUGCGGCUUUGGGAUUGCUUAGAAGGGUCUUAAUAGGGGACGAAUUGACAGAUAAAGAAAAGAAAGUUCUCCAAAGGACAUUAACUGAUUUGGCAUCUGUAGUUCCUAUUGGCUUCCUCAUGCUCCUUCCUGUUACUGCAGUUGGGCAUGCGGCAAUGUUGGCAGCAAUUCAGAGAUAUGUACCAUCGCUGAUACCAUCCACAUACGGGCCAGAAAGGUUAUAUCUCCUGAGGCAGCUUGAGAAGUUGAAAGAACUGGAAACAACUGAGGUGAAUCCCCAUGAAGAUGCGAAGGAAAUAUCCUGAAUCCAAGUGCCUCGACUACCAUUAACCCUCAUAAUCUUCAACUGAGCUCUUUGAUACUAGGACCCUAGCACAACCUAGGUGAGCAUAGCUGAGUUUAUUGCUUGUGGCUGCAACUCCAGGAAGGCACCAGUGGCUGCAGUUUUGUGGGGCAUGAACUGGAGUGCAUGGCUCGCAAUGGCUUGAUGGGUGUGACCAUUAACUCCUUAACCGUGUCUGAUGUGUAAUAUUCAAGAGCUGCAAAUUUCUGUCGGCACUUUCCCGGUGUUAUAGGUACAGAUGAACAGAUUAUUUGGUGACUCAGCUUCCAUUCUUUUGUAAUCCUUUUUUGUGCAAGUACUAGGGUCUCUCUCACCCCCUUCAUUCGGUGUUCCAUGUUGGGUGAUAUACAAGCUUUCAAGGUGUAUUCGCUAGCUACACGAAGGAAGAAUCAUACGGCAUUGCCGGUUAAAGUAUCAUUCAUAGAUUUUUCAGAAGCCUGUUGGGCAGAACAGAGUGCCUUACCUAAAAAUCCCACCCACACCCACGGAGGGAUGUAAGAAUCACAUGUUUGCACAUCCGUGUUUUUUAUGUUGAGGAAAUGCAAGAAGUGCAUUUUGUUUGUGCAUCCAGUUGAACGCUGUAUUUUACAAUGCGUGUAAGGCAACACAUUGUUUCUCAAGAGGUUGCCUGCGUUUUAGAAAAGACAAUUUGCAAGAGUUGUGGAAGUUGUACAUAUUACAUACUGGAAAAUGGAUGUCCAACUUAUAAUUUGGGUAAGGUUUGGUACUUACUGAAGA